UCAGUUUGAUCUGAAAGCGGAAGGACGGCAGUGAAAAAGGUUGUGGAGUACAGCUUAUGGUACAAGCGCAGGAAGCUCCUCCAUCAUGAGUUCUGAAACGAGUGGGCAAACCACAACAGUGAAUGCAGAGGGAAGAACUGCUGUUGGUCCGGGUUCAGCUCCGGCCAAACAGGGAUGGAAGUGUCCUCUGAGUGACGCUCAUGUCCACAGGGAGGAUGUGAGGAAGGUUUGGAAAGAGUGCCAAGAGGAAAGCUUCUGGUACAGAGCUCUUCCACUGUCUCUGGGAAGCAUGGCUACUACUGGUGGUCUCAUCUACAACGGUGUCUGGAAAUCAUCAGCCAGGUUUGGCCCAUUUCCAAAACUGGCAGUUGCGGGGAUCCUCGGCUUUGCAGUGGGAAAGGCUUCGUAUUUUGGAACCUGUCGAAGCAAGUUCCAGGAGCUCGGUAUUAAAGAUGGCCCGGGAUCAGGGCCCUGGUCCAGAAGAGGCCCCUCUGGUCCAGGACGCAGACACUGCCAUCAUGAGUGUGAGGAAUGCAAGAAAACAACUCAAGCUGCACCUGCAGACCAAGCUUCAAGUUAAAGGGAAGGAAGCAGCUGUUUGGAGGACAUGCAGUAAAAGCACCGGUUGCUGCAUUUUUUGCAUAUCAAAUGCAAAUCCACGUAGACUUCAUGGACGUUUUCUGGUGGCCUUUCGGUCGUCUUUGUUCCUCCAGAACAUCCACUAGAGGGCGAGAGAAUACUAUCAGUCCUAGAGUAGGAAUGCGCAUGUUAUGGUUUUGUUUUAUCUGAAUAAAUGCCAACAUGUGAA